AUGUUUCUCCAGUGGCAGGCUGCAGCAUCCUCGGUCAAGAGGCUGGCGGCGACGUGUGGAGUCUGGUCUGGUCCCCCUGAACGGUCACGUUUCUUUGUUGGAGGCCACGUGGCUCGGGGGGUGUCGAGGCCAGAAGCUCAGUCUGAGUCGAAGGGCACUGCAACCCUGUCUGGCCAGCAGGCUUGUGAUCUCCGAUUAGAUGAUCCAAGCCACGAGAAGGAACUUCCAAGCUCGUCGAGCACAGCGCUGGGCUCGUCAGCAUCCUCGACCUCCCAAGAAGAGAAGGAGCCAACCUUCGAUGGGUUGCGCCGGACCGACCUUAUUCGCUUGAUCGGCCAAGCGCUUGGAGAUUUGGGCCUCGAAGUGACCCGGGCGGCCUUAGAGACGGAGUCUGGCAUAGCCGGAGAGGCAAGCAUCGUGACUGAUCUCAGGCGAUCAGCGAUUGCCGGCAACUGGGAUGAGGCGCUGGGAGUGGUCCGCCGGCUCGCGGAAGAGCCGCCGAGCAUGGUGGGGGAGGCGGCCGCUCUCCGGGUCUCGCUACUGGAGCAGAAGUGCUUGGACCUUCACCGUAGCGGGGAAGUGGAGGCCGCGAAGGAGGUCUUUGCGGAGAUCGCUGGCACCGAUGGGGCAGAAGAUCUAUCGCUGCAGUUGGACCUUUCUCCGCAGGACGGGUUACUCGCAGUGCCAAUCGGGUUGUUUACAGGAUCCAUGUUUUGUCGUGUACCUAUCAGUGCACUCAUUGUUGUUCUUGAUUCCGUCCCUGGUUCGGUCACAUGCUGUGAAGCGCAAAUCAAAAGCGGGGAAGGGGCGCACCGCCUAUUACAUCCCGGCGACGCAGGCAUGUUCGAAGUUGUGCUACUCCCGAGAAGCCUCAGCCUGGAUCCCGGAAGCUUUUGGCAGAAAAGAAACCCUAGCCGGGAUUAG